AGCGUUGGGAAUCAUUAACUCAGCCGUCGAAUGCUUUGAUGGCAUUGACGAAACAACAGGAUUUGAUAGCUCGAUACCUAAUUAACGGAUAUGGUCAGCCUGAAGUUUAAAGCUCCGAUAUAAAUGACUAGAAGAAAACAUGGACAAAAAAAUUUACCAGAUCUUCUAGAACUUCACCAUAUGAAUGUGAUGUUGCCGCCCAGAUGUGGGAACUUCUCGAUGUCAGAAUGUGGAAGAAAAACUGAUUACCACAUAAGACUAUAUGGUAACAGUGCAUUUCACUAGAAAGGAGUUACAGACCAAACAUCUGUAAACUAUGGCUGACUUUCAGGACUUAGACAUUCUAUCUCUCAUCAACGAUCGACCAGGAUGGGAAAUUGGUAUGCAAGAUGAUGAUCUAGAUAUUUCUGUUGAACUUGAUGAGGAAAAUGAGGUUCCAAACUGCUUUACAAAUGAAGAUCUCAAGGGUCAGCAUUUUGCUUCUUCUGUAAUAGGCAGCUUCAACAGCAACCAGCAAGAAGAAAAUGGAGAUGCGACUGACGAGUACGGUGAUAAUAGUGAUAUUAGUGACAAUGAGAACAGUGUUAAUGACAAUGAAAACAAUAUUAGUGACAGUGACAACCAUAAACUCACAUCUGAUGAAGAAGAUGAUAUUAAGAAUGAUAAUUAUUCCUCUGACGAAGAUGUUGUUGAAGAAUCUAUUAAUAGAAAAAAUGGCAUAAGAAGUCACUCUGAUCAUGACGAAGAAGCUGAUAACUAUGAUGAUGAUGAUGAUGAUGAUGAUGAUGCCAAAAGUGAUGAGAGAAAGAGUUCAGAUGAGGAGGAGGAGGAGGAAGAGGGUUCAGAUGACGAUAAAUCUAUUACAAGUAAAGGAAGUGUUGAUGAAAAUGUUCAGGAACAGCAGGAUGACAGCUAUCCGAUGAAUGAAUUCUGUGAAAAUGAUUUUGUUAUUUCUGAAUGUAGUAAUGAGAGUGCCAGCGAAGAAGCCAAUAAAGAAAUUCCAAAAAAUGAGGAUGAAAAUGAAAAAUUUGAUACUGAUGAUGUUAUUGUCAUACAGCUGAGUGAUGUAAGUGGUGAUGAAAGUGAUGAUUAUCAGCUUAAGGAUGACAUGGAGGUCCAGAGUGAUGACAAUAAUGACGAAGGUGGUUGCAGAGAUGUUUACCAACUGGGAUUUAGUAAGAAAGAAGAUGAUUAUGAUGAAAUGGAUGAAAAUGACAAACUCAGUGACAUAAGUGUUGAUGAAGCCGUAAAUGCAUGUGAAGACAAUGAUGACAUAAAAAGUGAAGAUAAAUAUAAAAUUAUAGAGGAUCAUGAUAAUGAUGAAAAUGAUGAAAGUGAUAAAUUAAGUGAAGAUGAUUCUAAAGUUAUCAAUAGUGAUGAUCAUGAUGACGAUGAUGGUGAUGAGGAUUGUGAUGUAGAAUGGAGUGAUGUUGAUGAAAAUGAUCGUAAAAAUAAUUUGAUUCUUGAUACUAGAAUUGUUAAGGAAAGCAUGGAAGAAACAGAUCAAUCAGAUGACAUUACAAGAAGAGAUUCCAAGAAUUAUAUAGAUCAGAAUCCUUCUGCUAGUCAAGACCAACAAGUGAAUCAAGAAGGUUUGACUUGCAUGAUUCAAGCUCUAGAGAAUGAAACUAAACUAACGAAGGACAUUGUUUCUACUGAGGAAACAGAUUCGCCUUUUGGGUUUGUGAUUGGGGAUGUUGUCGGUGUAUCCCAGGAAGAAUUUGACAGACAGGAUUCCAGUGUGCCGGUUGACGAAGAAAACCUGCCGAAGCAACCAGAACUAUCAACAGGGUAUGUAGAGAAAAGCCAAGGCGACGAAGGUGAUGGAAAUCAAGGCAGCAUACAACAUCAAAAUUCAACAGAAGUUGAACUGACAUUUCCAAGCGAUUAUCCUAGGGUGGACUCCUAUCACAGUGAUAAUUAUAUUUACAACAAUGCUACUAUCAAAGAGGAGCCGAUGGAUGAUGAUGACUACAUACAGGAACAUGACUAUUUUGAUCAAAGUAGUACAUUGACUAUAGAUACUAAUCAGGUCUUAUCAGAACUUGGAACAGAAGAGAUGGGGUUGGAGGCUGAUGAGCUGUUGUCUUAUCAAGACAUGUUCGAUAUUACACCGACAGGGAUGUACAAGUGUAAAUAUUGUUCAGCAAAAUUGACCUCUUUUAAAGCACUUAAAAAUCACAUCGAUAAGUUUCACCAAAAAAGCUACAAGUGCCAGCAAUGUGAUGAGGUGUUUUCAAGGUCACAGGACUUGGCGGGACAUUGCAGAAGUCAUCGAAAAGAAGAAAGGAUAUCAAAAGAGAAAGGAAAAACAGGAAAUCGACAAAUACAUAAACAAAGGUCUUCUCGGAGUAAAAAUGUUGUGGUUGAAAAGGACGGACAGCGACUGUACCGGUGUAGAUUUUGUAACAAAAAAUUUGACAUGACUCAAAAACUUGCAAAUCACAUGCAAUGGAAACACAAGAAGGAAAGACAACGUGAAUUAAAACUUGAAGCAAGUAUUGAUAAAAACCCUGAAGUAAAAGAAGUUUCACUUCUUGGUGCAAAAUUGACAAUAAAGUUGGACACUUCGAACAAAGAUGGUUCUCACAGAAAGCAACCAGUGUACAGUGACACAUAUGAGUGUGCACAGUGUUCUCAAAUUUUCAAUAAGCAACAGGCAAUGGCAGUUCAUGUGAGGAACGUUCACUCCAAGUCAGACAAGAGUGACCAGACAAAAGGCAAGGAAAAGUCCCAUUCAUCUUUUAGGAAGAAAGUAAAGAAAAAAAAGAGAAAACGACGAAUCUCCGUAUCUAACGAAGACAGAAAGAUGAAGGUAGAAAAUGAUAUUGGUGACAAUAAUUCAACGUUGGAAGAAGGUGUGACACCAGCCAAGCAAAUGAAACACGAAUAUAUGAUGCAAUACCCAUCUCUCAAAUGCAAACUGUGUUCUAAAACAUUCCAAGAUUCAAGGGAAUUGAAAUCACAUUUAAACGGUGUCCAUGCACAGUAUUGUUGCAGAUAUUGUCCAAAAGCUUUUUACAAAAAUGAAAAAUUCAUGUGUCAUUCAUUUCAACAUAUAGGGGACUUGCGAUGUUUCUAUAAUGGGAAUGGUGAACAGAUGAUCAGGUGUCGAAAAUGCAAGGCAACAAUACCUGCAAAAUGUGAAAUGACACUCAAGCAUAUCAUUGGACAUAUCAAAGGUAAAAACCCUGCUGGACAAACACUUAGUCUCGAGAAACAAGUAUUCCUGGAGUGCAGUGACUGUGGCCAGCCUUUCAUAUCUAGAGAGUAUCUGUUCAAGCAUGAAUUGAAACAUGCCAUUUCAUCGGGAAAAGUAACGAAAGGGAAGUCAGUUUCGCGACCUGUAACAGACGGCGUCAGCCAGGCCUCGAUUAAUGCAAAGGUGAACAGCACAAAAACUCAUUCUGAACCAAUCGUGGGUCAAGGCUGUGUUGAAGCAUUUCCUUUGAGCAAUGCAAUGACACCAUCGGAUAUCACGACAGUUCCAACGCGGUCAGAAAUGGUUGCACAUUCGGUUUCUGAUCAAGCGAAUGUUGCAAUAGACGGUGAUAAGAUUGCAGGUGACGAGAACAAAAAGGUGAUGCUUCGUAGUCAGGUUAUUCAGACAGAAUUGAUAUCUGUUGUUAAAAUUCCUUUCAAAUGUGGAAUGUGCGAAGCACGAUUCCCCAAUUCACAGUAUCUCUUGCACCACAUGACGCUGCACAUGAACGGUCAAUAUGUGUUCAAAAUUGAGGUAGACAAAAAGAAGGACGAAAUGUCUCAAGGAAGUGAUGAUUCUGGCGUUUCGUCUUCUUCUAUGGACAUUCCCAGUUCAAAAAUGUCUGAUUCACCUGUCACACCACCUUCAAGUGGAACUCAGAUGGCGUCUUCGAUUGUGCAACAACUUUCAAAAGGAUCUAAUAUGGCAUCCAUAAUAAGCAGUAAUAUAAUAUCACCGGAGAGUGGUAUUCUUUUUAACUCUGCUGAUCAAAGCAAUGACCACACUUACACCACAAAAGUAAAUAAUUCUUUGGUCGAAUCUUCGCCAGAGAAGCCCGCAAGUAGACCUUCCUCAAGCAUAGUUGUUACUCCACAGUCCAGUACAAGUGUUUCCCUCAGGAAACAGGUGAUCAUUCUGCCACAAUCAAGACCUGCGAUUAGCGUUCCUACAACGGCAACACGCACAACGGUCACGCCUACUAUUACGAAGAAGCUGCAAGAAAUGCUUACAAAGAAGGAACAGUCUACGAGUAAAACGGGGGCUUCAAAUAUUGGAGUGUUUAAGCUUCCAACUUUAGGUUCAAUGACAGCCGGAAAACGCAUUUCGCAGGAGUCGGAAGGAGGAAUAAAGCACCCAGUUGUAGUUAAUGCUGUGGAGAAAAAGAUACGCGAACUUCUGGACGUAUAUAAAGUCCCACCAGGGACGGCAAAACAGAAAGGGGAGCUCGCAAAAUUUACGUCCCUCAUUUACCCCAAAAAAGUCAUGCUUCAAAAGAGCCCAGCAUCUACUAGUAAUUCAACUACUUCACUCGGAACAGCCGCUAAUAAAACUACACAAAGUAAAGUCAAUUCUGUGUUGUGCAGUUUUGAGAUGCAAAACGUAAAGAUAAAUAAGCAAGAUUCUUGUGAUAUGCCCUCAACGCAGUCUGUGAGUUCACAGUACAGCGAUACGGAAACAUUGAGUGCGGAAUCGGGAUCGCAAGGAUCAAGGUCGCCUGGAUCGAAUUCUCCCGUGGUUGGAAUGAGUUCCGAAUCUGACUCUGACGAGCUGAGUGAGGAUGAGCAGGCAUUAUUCGAGAAAACAACAACAUCUGUUCUUAUGCCACAGCCGCCAGAGCGACGAGAAAUUUCUACAGCACAGGAACAGAAAACGGUCAAAACGGAAGGCGUACCACAAACCAAUGCCGCUUUGCUCAAACCAACUUCUAUACGGAACUAUAAGAACCAACUGGACUUUGCCCAGGGAAGCUGGUUCGAAUGUGAAUUAUGCAUGUACUUGUGUAGAACACAUAAUGAGUUUAAAACACACUUAUCUAGUCACAAGAAAACGAAAAAGAUGAAACUGGUAAAAUGCACUGUAUGUCUCAGAAAGUUCAUAUCAAAGUGGCAUCUAUCAAAACAUAUGGAAAUUCAUCGCGCUAAUGCCUACUCGUGUUCCAAAUGUGGCGCCAACUUCCGCACAUCCGGCGCAGUUAUGGAACACAUGGAAAAAUCAUGUUCAUCUUGAAAAUUUUGCAGGUUGCAAACAGUCGGGUUUUUUGUAGUAUCCACCUACCUAGUCUGGAAACAAUCCCUUUUGCUUCCGAUUCGGAAUGUACAACAUGUCUUUGAUUUGAACUUAAUUUUAAAAGUAAUUAUGGAUUUAAUGAUUUUUUUUAAUUCGCAAAAAUUAAUUAUUAUACAAUAUUUUAGGUUAGUUUGAACAAAGAAUGAUUCGUGACUGUUAAUUUAUAUGCAUUUUUACUGUCAGUUUACCUCGGUAAACACUUGUCGAGUUAAUCUGAAAACGUGAGAAUCACAGUAGGCUAAAUUAAUGAGCAGCAUAUAUGAACAUGUAAAGGAAUUUAAGAAAAAAUACAAUAUUUGUUUUGUUAAGUUGUAAUUUUGUAUUAUAUGCUGUUUUCUAUUAUAAUAAACCAACUUUCUUAUCACGUGCGAUUUACUUUAAGGAAUGUCGCGAUCGAAAUCAAUUUACGAAAUCUAAUCACCGCAGAUUAAGACUUGAAUACGACAAUGCAGUAUAAUUUACCAUUAUACUUGUCAGUUUCACAAAAAAUAAUCCUUGUAAAAUUGUGAUGUAAAAUCGUGAAAGCAAAUUACGCCAAAAAAGUUGAUCUACAGUAACAGUUAUUUUAAUCUGCAUGUCCAUGACUAGGUUUUUUUUUACAUAUGUAUGUCAAUGUGUGCACAUGUUAAAACAACACAACAAAAAUAACAAAACUGCUACAUGUUUCCUUAAAUUUGUUUUUUAAAUAUUGACAAAAAAUGUAUAUAUAAUUCCCAACCAAUCCCGAUACGCUCCCGUGAUUUUCUAGGGUUUUUUUUAUAUUUUUUUUUUUGUGAGCCUGAAGGCGGUUCCCAGUUCCUAGUUCAAUUUAUCCUUAAACGUAACUGGAAACCAGAUCCUAGGUCCGUUUAUGGAAAACGUAUAUGUUGACAAACCGAAAGGUCCAACAUGCAUGAUAUCAUUUUAAUUAGGUAGAGGAACGGAACCCACGACCUUUCACAUAUAAAUUAAAUUUACCAUAGCUUUUUUUUGAUAUUUUGAUACUCUUAAAGCUGAGAGAACGGACCGUUCUGGACUAUUGUGUCCUUUGGCAAAUCACUUCCUCCUAAUUGAUCUGUAUAGCACGCGGUGUCCCUCUCGCAUUAUGUUCAAUGCUGUAGUCACCAGCUACUAAAAGAUGAACCCGUCUCAAAAUAAUUCUGUAUACAGGGCGAAAACCCAAUAAACUAUCACACUAACUUGUGUAUUCAUGGAAGAUUAAUCUUAUAGGGCUUUAUAAUAGUCCAAUUCAUCUUCCUAUUCUUUUAGCGUUGUUAUUAUCAUUAUUUUUUUUACAACUCGUUUUGAUUUUAUGUCUUGAUCAUCUACAUUUCUUUGAUCAGAUUUACGUUGUUUGUUAUAUGUAUGUUAAUUGAAAUGAGAUGUACCCUGAACAUAAGCUUGUACAAAUGCUAUUCUGAACGACAGUCUGUGCACUCUGUACACUUUACAUGUAUAUACAUGUAGAUCUGUUUACUAAGUUAUGUUAUGAAG